AAUUAUAGGGUCAGUUAAUUCUGUGUUAAAGCGCGAUUUGUUGGUGGCUUAUAAAGUUUGCUUAUUCUGAGACGGGAUGUUACUGUUAUAAUCUGCAUGCGAAGGAAAAAUUUUUUGCAAAAUGACGUUAAUAAAGAUAACAUUAUCACUGAUAAUGCUAACUGCGAUGCAGUUGUCCCUGGGAACGAAUCCGAGCACAUGGAUGGAUGUGUCAUUUCGCAUUAACAAGCUAAAUUUUAUUUGGUCUAAAGCCGUGCAUCAUCUUACUGAUAAGGCAAUGAUCAAACGUUUGAAGGAUGAUUUGGACAAAUUUGACGCACUUUAUUUAUCUGCAAAAGCAAGAAGUAUGAAAAACGAGAAGUUGAUUCUGGAAGAGGUGGACAAUAAGCUUGUACAACUUCUUGAGAAGUUUGGUUUGGAAUCAGCAAUGAAUGCUUAUAUGAAGAAAUACAAGUGGCGGGACGAAGAAGAAGGGGACAGUAUUCUUUCUUCAGAGAAACUUAAAGAUCCGAAGCUACAAAAACUUUGGCAUGCUGCACAGAAUUCGCGUUUUUCCAAAAAUGAACUGAAAACUCUUCACAAAGAACUGAAAGAUCAUGAACGAAAGAUGGAGUUAUAUGAACAGAAAGUGCAACUGUUCAGUGAAUUCAAUGAUAAUAGUUUAAUUGGAAAUUCUUUCGAAAUGAACGAUAAGUUAAAUCGCGAAUUGAAGGUGUAUCAUAGUAACCUUAUGGAUUCGUAUGAUAAAUUGCAUCAGAAAGUUGUAAAAGUGUCGCAAAAAGUAUUCAGCAAUGAAAAAGUAACAAAUUUGUGGCAUUUGGCAAUACAGAAUCCGAAUUUCACCACCUCAGAAUUGGAAUCAAUACGGGUAGAACUGAAUCAUUUUGAUAAACGUCUUGAGAAGAUGAAGUACCACGAUGAAGAACUCGAAGCAGCAAAGAAAGAACAGGAAAAAUUAGGCAAAUUUAAUGUAUUCGAUGAAGAUGUUAGCAGUUUCGAGGAAGAAAAUAAACGUUUGCAACGUAAGCUUAGGAAACUGGAAAAUUAUUUGGAAACAAAAAUUGUUCAUACAGAAUUGUAAGUACGUCGUUCCUCAUAUGUGUUGUGCAUUAACAUGUUAUUGUUCGGUAAUCAUUUUCCUAAUAGCAGUAUAGAUCGAUUGCUGACAUCUAACACAACACAGGAGCAUUUUCAAGUGGAAUAAAUUUGACUAAGCUGGGAAGUCCUCAGUACCAUGGAACAUCGACCUACGCUGUUUACAAAUUUCUCAAUCUGCUUGUUAUGUAUGAGUGAAAUAGUUAGCGUACUUGAAUUUUAUCUUCAUUAUCUAACAUCAAGAUUUAGGAAUCUUAUUGCCAGGCUAUUGAUUUUUUUUGCGUACAAUAAAUAUUACGACAAUACUGAUGUUUACUUUUCGUAUGUGGAGAUCAUAACUUGUAACUAUAAAGUACUUUUGUAAGAACUAUGCGGAAUGAUCAAAUCAUUUGAGUAGGGUUGUUGGAAAGUAAACUUUAUAAGGAAAUAUUAUAGAAUGUGAAUUCAGUUUUCAAUAAAUAGAACUUCAAGACAGAGUUUUAAUUUGUUUUGCACUGAGCAUAAACUGUAAUGAGCAAUUUACUAAGAAAAAAUAUUCCAGUGUAAAAAAAAAAAUAACACUGUUCGCGUUUUCAUGAACGAACAACAUCGAA